UACUUGUCCAAUGAGUGAUUUGUUGUCACUAGAACUUAUAAGUGUUGAAUCCAGUGAUAAGGCGGAUUGCAAAAGAACGUGCAUUAACGACGCCAAUUGCUAUGCUAUUGUUUCACACUCAAUUAACAAUUGCUUGCUAAUGAAAACGAAGGAGGGUAAUGGGCCAGAGGUCAACAUUGCCAUUCGCCAGUGCAUUAGCGGUGAAGUAAAACAGGAAACUGACGUCAUAACCCCUACAACGGUAAACGAGAAGACCAUUGUUUUAAACUGUACAAAUACCGCCGAAAAUCUGAUAGUGUCAGUUUCUUCUUCCUAUGUGUAUAUGCCAACCAGCUGCUACAACUAUACAACCGUGGAAAAUGUUACUGUCAUAGAAAGCACUACAUUGACGCAAAAUGUCACAAUAACAGAUGAGGUCACACAAAUUGUAGACGUCACACUCACUGUAAAUUUUACUAUGACGGAAAACGUCACCAUAACAGAUUAUGUCACAGUAAAAGAAAACAUCACAAAGACAGAAAACGUCACGGUGACGCAAUAUAUCGAAAGGACGGAAUACGUCAAAGAAGACGCGGUUACAGCAAUCGUGACUUCUUUUUUUCCCUUUACAGUUACUGUACAAGUGCCUAUUACUCCAUUACCCUCUGCAUGUGAUGAACAAACCUCUUACAUAAAUACUUCAAACACUCGUUAUAUAGAGGAGGCGGUGCAGAAUAUUUCUAAAGCUUUAUACGUAGAUAAAAAGACGACUAAUUCUUAUAUACGAACAAAAACAAGUGCACAGGAUAAUCGACCGUCUUCAGUAAGGAUGGGAUACGUAGGUAUCGUGUGUGUGGUUGUGCCGUUUGUUCUUAUUCUGCUGUCGGAUUUGAAAUCAAUUUAUGUUCAUAUGUCGGCUGUAUGCAGGAGUUAUAACGGACCAGCAUCCCCGCCAGCAUGA